AUGUGCACCUCACCUUGGAAUUCGAUCUUCACUGGAGACACAAUACUUGUAUCUUUAUCUAUAUCUAUUUCUUUCUUUCUUUCUUUCUUUCUUUCUUUCUUUCUUUCUUUCUUGGACUUAGAUUCUAUCUUCAUUCUAUCUUCGUUUCUUUCUUUCUUUUCUUUUCUUCUUUCUCAGAUUCUAUCUUUCUUUCUUUCUUUCUUUCUUUCUUUCUUUCUAGGACUUAGAUUCUAUCUUCAUUCUAUCUUUCUUUCUUUCUUUCUUUCUUUCUUUCUUUCUUUUUUUCUUUCUAGGACUCAGAUUCUAUCUUCGUUUCCUUCUUUCUUUUUCUUUCUUUCUUUCUUUCUUUCUAGGACUCAGAUUCUAUCUUCGUUUCUUUCUUUCUUUCUUUCUAUGAGUUCUAUUCUUUAUUCAUUUCUUUCUUUCUUUCCCUCUUUCUUUCUUUCUUUCUUUCUUUCUUUCUUUCUUUCUUUCUUUCUUUCUUUCUUUCUAGGAAAUAUAUAUAUAGACGAAUCCGAUUCACCUUCCUUUCUUUCUUUCUUUCUUUCUUUCUUUCUUUCUUUCUUUCUUUCUAGAACUUCGAUUCUUUAUUCAUUUUUUCUUUCUUUCUAG